AGUCAGCAUCCACCGGCACCAGUAACAGCACCACCACAACCAUGGAUAGAUAGAUAGAUUUCGGAGAGAUAAAUACACAACUACUUACAAACCACGAAACAUUCCAGACAACAACACCGCCGCUGACACCGGUGUCACGUCAUACCGCCGGCAUGGGUGCCGCAGAGCCUGUGGAGGAGAGAGAAAGAAAGGAGCUUGAGGAGAGAGAGGACUAUGGGAGGAAGGAGGAGGAGGAUGUGAGAGAUGUUGAGAAAGGGGAGGUGGGUUUUGAAGAACAGGCGGUGGCAGCUGAGAGAAAUAUUAAUAUUAAUAUUAAUCGUGGAAAUAAUAAUAUUAAUCAGGACGAGAGAGAAGGAGAUGUUCAUGUGUCAAUGCUGCAGAGGCUGAAUCCAACAAACCCUUUGAGAAUUGUAAUAAAUAGCAAAACCAGAGCUGCAACUCCGCCGCCGCCGCCGUCUCGGUUCUCUAAUAUCAGAAGCGGUGGUGGUGGUCAUGGUGGUGCUACUGCUACUCCUUCCCCUCCUCAGUUAUCCUCUCACACCAACACUCCCCAGCAUUCUCAGCCUCGUUCGACACCAAACCCACAACCAUCUUUUACAACACUGAAUUCAAGAAAAUACACCAACAAGAUAUCUCUGUUUCUGUUUCUUCUGCACAUGGUUGCAGCCAUUGGGCUAGUCGGUUUCCUUCUGUUCAGGGGAGUUCAAGGGCUGAUAGAAGCAUCAGACAACAAGGUUAAAAGAGCCGAGAAACGAGUGUUGAAGUUUUUUCUACCACAAGUCGAAGCUGCAUCUCUUUUAAGCAUUGUUCUUGCAUUUGCAUGGCAAAAGGCAGUCAGGCUAUGGCCUAAGUUUUUUAUUCAUUUCAUACUAUGGACCACUUUUGUCAUGUCUCUGUCUGCUGGAAUUUUGCUAAUUUGCUUCCAAAAGGCUCCCACUGAUGGCGUUGCAUUCUGCUUUAUUGCAUUUGCGAUAGGCAAUGGCUUAUACGCUUGUUGGAUCACACAGCGGAUAGGAUUUUGUAGCAAGAUAAUGAUCAAAUCGCUCGAACCCGUAUCAAAGUUCCCCGAUUUGAAUCAACCCACUUAUUGGAUGCUUGGGGUCGGAUUUCUGUGGAUGUCCCUGUGGAUUCUAGCUGUGAUUGGAGCCUUGAAUUUCUACUUUCCUCCACUGAUCAUAAUUUUAUUGGUCUUGAGCUUAGCUUGGACAGCUGAAGUAAUGAGGAACGUUGCAAAUAUGACCGUCAGUAGGGUAAUUUCUCUUUAUUAUCUCAGAGGAAUGCAAUCUAAUACUCAAUUUUGCUUCCAGAGAGCCUUGAGUAAAAAUCUUGGAAGUGCUUGUUUGGGUUCACUCUUUGUACCUGCAAUUGAAGCACUGAGAAUUGUUGCUCGGGCUUUAAAUUUACUCAAGGGAGAAGAUGAGUUCAUGUUUUCUUGUGCACAUUGCUGUCUCAAAGUCAUGGAGUGCAUCUUCAGAUAUGGCAACGGCUGGGCCUUCAUACAGAUAGCAGUAUAUGGGAAAGGUUUUGUGAGGGCAUCACAAGACACCUGGGAGCUCUUUGAACGGCAAGAAAUGGAACCAAUUGUUGAUUCUGACAUUACCAGCUCAAUCUGCUUCCUAACCGGCGUCUGCAGCGGCUCUAUCUGUGUCAUAGUUGUGGCGGCUUGGACCGCUAGAGUGCACCAAAGUUUCACAGCCACCAUUUCCCUCCUUACAUUCUUCAUUGGAUACCUUAUGACGAGGAUAGCCAUGGCACUACCACAUGCUUGUGUAGGUAGUUACUUUGUUUGCUAUGCAGAGAAUCCAGACAACAGAUUGUUUGACAACACAAUCAAGGAUCGCCUCGCUUUGAUGAAAUCUGGUCGAGAUGUAGUCGUUCCCACACCUCGAGUCCCCAGCCGGUUUGCAAGGUAAAGCAUAAUCACACUGCCAUUAACUCCUCGAGUCCCCUCACUCAUUGUAGAAGUGAACUCCGGCCACCCCCAAAACCAUGAUUGGAGCCCUUUUUUCUCCAACGGUACGAUGUUACAAGGGCAUCGGAUAUUGUUCGGACGAGGUUUUACAUGUGUAUAACCUUCCUCUCGAAACAUGUACGCGAGGUCUAUCAUGUACGAAUGAGGCCUCCCGUACAUAUGAAUAGGGGAACACUAUGUAUAACUGGCUCAUACAUUUUCCGGAUACUCUCCUCGGAGACUCGGACUUGAAGAAUCGGCCAAAUGAGCUCAAGCUAAAAUUUCCUGCAACUACUACAACUCUGCAAGAGUGAUAUGGUGGUGGUGAUGAUCAAGGUUGAAUGAAAGAGUUGAACCAUUAUUGGAAGGAACAUGGGGAGCCAACGCGUUGAGACUCCAUUGAACAAAGGGCUAAAAGAAAAAUAUCUCGUGGGGCUGUCCUAUUUGUAUAAUCUGUCCUUUUGGCAUAUACCGUAUGCUGAAAAGUCGCAUUUUUUAUUUUAUUUUAUUUUUUCACUGGAA